GUACGGGACGACCUUUCGCACAAGGGAGGAAAAGGUGAGUAUAGGUAACAAGAGGGCUAUUUGGAGAACCUCCUCGACCACCGGAGAGCUCUCUAGAUCAAGGAAAUAUUUUCUAAUUAUCUUUUUUUUGGUCUCAUGAUUAGAGGAUCAGUGUUCUUAUUGAGGUACCGCACUGCGUGGCGUGAACUCCUUCACGUGCUCCCUAUUUAUGCGCGUCAUGAUCAGUGGUUAAAACGUGAUACAGUUGAAAUGAACGAAGCUCUUCUUCGGCUGCCGUAUUACACAUUAAAGACCUACGACCGACCUAGCUACGUGGAUCGAAGAAAUCUCUUCGGCUCUAAUGUUUAUGGUACCGUCGACGACGAUAGAAGGUCGCCUCAGGGGAGCAAUUAUGUUAUGAACGAACAGCUGCGUGCCCCUCGUCAUGCCAACUCGUAUGAGCGGAUUCAGGAGUUACGAAAUGAGCUUCAAUUCCCUUCUGCGGUAGGUCCGUUGCCGGUUUCGGAAGGGCAGCGCAGGGCGGUGAGCUACGAAGAAGAGUACGGCUCUCGACUACGGCCACGCUAUCCACAGUCUUGGGAUACGGUACCUCCCCACCAGCCUUCACGUGUCGUGCCGUAGGUGCUCGGAAGUAUCCACUAUUGGUGUUUUUUUUUCUCCUUCUUUGAGGGGGUGAGGAGGGGCUAUUGAUGUUGUUGGUUUGGUGAAGGUGUUGUAGAGAAGUAACUGCGACCGAUCAAUUUGAGGUUGCAUGCGACUCUGUGUAGGGAAUGUUCACAUCCACAGGACUUUCUAAUCCUUCGAUGUUUGCGUGUUAUGUCUGAGGCACAGUGAGCGUAGCUUUCGGGAUGUAUUUCGUAUAAUUGAGAGCCUAACAGCACCUGAAAUUUGCGAUCUAACUUCUUGGGUUGCGACCUCAUUGUCUCUAGGGUACAGUGAAAAAUGGAAUCUCUAAAGGAAAGCAAUUUCAUUUAGAUCUCAACGGUUUGGUUUAACGUUGUUCGUCAUUCUGUUUAUGGCACCUAUUUAGUCUAGUAUCGAGUUUAAUAAGGGGAAAGAGGAUACGAUAUCCUUUUCCUUGAGAACACUGAACU